GACUCUUUGUAUUCUUGGUUCUCUUUUCAAGCGUUUGGGUGGUGCAAGUCUGCACUCUACCUAGUCUUGAGAUUUGUUAAGGCGUCCAUAUUUUUAUAAAAAUGUCUUGGCAAGCCUAUGUAGACAACCAAAUCUGCGCUCAAGUCUCAUGUAGACUAGCUGCGAUAGCUGGUCUACAAGAUGGAGCAAUAUGGGCCAAAUUUGAGAAAGACUCGAGCGUUCCGCCGGUGACGCAGCAAGAAUUAAAAGUAAUUGCAGAUACCAUGCGAUCCAAUCCUGGCUCUUUCACAGAAGCUGGCAUUCAUCUUGGAGGGGAUAAAUACUUUUGCCUAUCUGCUGAAAAUUCUUUAAUUAGAGGUCGAAAAGGAAGUUCUGCGCUAUGUAUUGUUGCCACUAACACAUGUCUUCUAGUUGCUGCAACAACUGAUGGUUUCCCUCCUGGACAGCUCAAUACAGUUGUUGAAAAAUUAGGAGAUUAUCUUCGAUCCAAUAAUUAUUAGGUUGAUCGCCAUUCACCCCCUUUAUGUGUGAAAGAAAUCUUCCACUUCUGUGAAGACUUCCAGCUUGUGGCAUUAUUUUUGCGUGCUGUCCGAGGGGGGGAGCCGGAGCCCUCCCCCUCCCCUCCUCGGAACCGACCGGAACUCCACCCAUGAUCUUGGAUUAUAACUCAAAUUUCUGAAACAAUAACUUUUCCAUUUUUGUACUUAAUUCUUUUAUAUCUCUUACUACCACCUCUACUUCUCGCAGAAGGAGCUAGUCACAAACUUCGUUUCGACUGUAGUGGAGGAGUGCGAAGGAAAAUAUCAGUUUUUAUUUUUUUUUUCUUGGAAUUCUGUGAAAUCCAAUUUUGAUGGGGGGUGAAAAGCAGGUAACCUUUGAUAGUGAAUUGUGCUAUUGUUUUUUCAAAAGUAAUUAGUGUUAGAAAGAAAACAUUGAAAAAAAAAAUCAUACCUGUUUAGUAAAUAUAUUUGCAUUGCUAAUAUGAAAAUCAAUGUUCGUGUUAGUGUUUGAUGCUGUAUUUUAUAGGUUUUGUCAUGCAUGUAGGUUUUCAUAUACCAAUUGAUUCAAGAUUUUUUAUUAUUUCAAAGUGUUUUAUAAAAUGUUGAUUUGAAAUUGUAUAUUAAAUUAUAUUUAACUUUUA